AUGGGUUAAGCAGGAAAUUAAAAGUUAAAAUGCGACAAAGAUGACCAUGAGAAUGAGAUAGAUAGUGUCUGUUAUAAUUAAUUCUGUACAGAAUUCCGAUUAAAUUGUUUUACAUUUAUUAGGAAAGGUAUCCAUCAUUCUCAUCUUGAUGAUGUGGAAAAAAGUAACAGCCUGAUAGAAUAUAUUGAAAAGUAAAAUAAGGAAAGCGAUAAUUUGAUAAAUUUUCUUUAGAAAUUAGUAGAAAAUCUAAAUGAAUCCUUUUCUUUAUUUAAAAAGGGAAUCAGUUAUAAAUAUUCACUAUCAAAAGAAAGAUUGGUGAAUUUGAAUUCAUAAUAAAUAAAUGAUUUCUUGAAUUCCACUAUCAAAUUUGCUGAAUACAAAGAAUCAAUCAUAAAUAUCAUCUCAGAUUAGAUAGUGAAAUUAACUAAUAAUUUAAAUAAUUUAUAUGAUUAAUUAAAUAUAGUAUCAUUUAAUUACUAUUAGAUAAGUAGUAAUGAUAUUAAAUUAUCAAAAUAAAUCUAUGCUAAAUGUAAUUAUAUAAAUCAAAUUUUUAGGUCAAGAUUUAAUUUAAGAAAACAAAUUUAAAGAAUCAAUUUAAUUAUUAGAUAAAUCCAUCUAAUUAGAUCUUAAUAAUUAUUAGGCAUUAUGGUGCAAAGGUGAUAAUAAUAAAAUUAUGAUUAGGUUCAUGUUUAAAAGAUUUAGGUAGAUAUGAAGAUGCAAUCAUUUGGUUUGAAAAAGCAUUAACUAUCAAUCCACAACAUGUUAAUUCGUUAUGGGAUAAAGGUAGACUUAAUUUGAAUCUAAUUAUUAGGAGUAUGCUUAAGAAUGUUAAAUAGAUAUGAGGAUGCAAUUAUUUGGCUCGACAAAGUAUUAGUUAUCAAUCCUAAAGAUAUUAAUUCUUUAUUUUACAAAGGUAUUUUUUAAUUUGAAUUUAUUUAUUAGGUUCAUGUUUACAGAUGUUAGGUAGAUAUGAGGAUUCAAUCAUUUGGUUGGAUAAAGCAUUAGCCAUCAAUCCUAAAGAUGUUAAUUCUUUGUUUUAUAAAGGUUAAUAUAAUUUGAAUUUAAAUAUUAGGUACAUGUUUAAGAAAAAUGAAGAGAUUUAAUGAUUCUUUAAAAUAUCUAGAUCAAGCACUCUCAAUUAAUCCUAAUCAUGCAUUUUCACUAGGAGCUAAAGGUAUCUUAUUAUUUACAUUUUCAGGAUAAUUGUUAGAGGAUUAGCAAAAAUAUGAAGAAGCUGUGCUUCUUUACGAAAAAUCACUCAAAAAAUAGUCUGAUGAUCAAUGGACAAUAAACAGAAAGGGUAUUCUGAAUUAAUUAAUUUAGCUUUCUGUGAGAACAAAUUGAAGCUAUGA